AUGUAUCUCAUGAAACAACGUGAAAUUGAUUGUUCAGUAGGCUUUGUCGAAGUAAAACCUGAAAGAAGCGAUUCAAGUAAACGACACGAAGACAUGAUCAGAUUGGUGGCUUUCUGUAAGGAUACACUCGAUGAAAAGAAUUUGAAUGCAAUGACAUUGGUUCAAGUGGUUGGCACGUAUAUAUCAUUCUAUCAUUUUGUUUUGGUUGAUGAUAUCUACUUCAUGGUCGAGCUCUAUUCAUUCGAGACCGCCAAGUAUCUUGGUCAGUUGAGCCAUCUCCUCGGUACCUUCGAUAAACUAAAGCAGUUUAUCACCAUCACUGUCAUUUAA